AUGGCGCAGAUUCAAGUGCAAACCCAGAAUGUGGCUGCUCCUGGAUCCAAUGGUGCGGCUGCGGCUGCGGCCCAGUUUCCGUCGACGUCUCUGUACGUAGGAGACCUGGACGUCAGCGUUACGGAUUCCCAGCUCUACGAUCUUUUCAAUCAGGUUGGGCAGGUUGUGUCAGUUAGGGUUUGCCGUGACCUGAGCACUCGACGCAGCCUUGGCUAUGGUUAUGUUAACUAUAGCAACCCCCAGGAUGCGACAAGAGCUAUAGAAUUGUUGAACUUCACUCCUCUCAAUAACAAGACAAUCCGGGUGAUGUUUUCUCAUCGGGACCCAAGUGUCCGAAAAAGUGGAACGGCAAAUAUUUUCAUCAAGAAUUUGGACAAAUCAAUUGACAACAAAUCACUGCACGACACUUUCUCAAGCUUUGGGAAUAUACUCUCCUGCAAGAUCGCUACAGAUCCUAAUGGACAAUCCAAAGGCUAUGGAUUUGAUUGUUCUGACGGGGCACAUACGUGGCUGCCAGACGUGGAGCAGAAAUCCUGA